GAGACUUCAAAUGUCAUACAGUAAAGACCUUCUUUCACCAGUCUUGUAAUGGGUGUUCUAUAUAUCGGUUUAUAUUAAAAACUAUUAACUCUUCCGCUGCGAGUAAAGUUCGUGUGCAUUAACAACUCAUUGGAUAUACCCUGGACCAUCGAGGAAUAUAAUAUACAUUCGGCCGAGGCAGUGGAGCAGAUGGACCUUUGAGAAAAUAAACUUUUGAGAAUUUAGAAAGUGAUGAUAUAGAGAAAGAUUUAUUCGAAAAUAUCCCAAAUAUAAAUAGUACCACUUGAUGAAAAAUAGCCUUUCUAGAAUAUUGAUCUGUAUACCAUGUACAAAGUAUUCUGGUCUUGAUCUAUCACUCCAAAUAAUAACUUUUCUUGGGAUUCUUGUACUAAUCGUCAACUUAGGGACGUUUGUAUAUCAUUUCUUUUCGUUGAACCUUAACCGAUAUCCAUGUGUUCUACCGAGUUAUACCGGAAAGUGGAAGAAGAACCGUUGACUAUGACGAGGGCAUCAUCUUCCUGCUUCUUUGGAACAAUAUCUACCUUUCCCAUACUGGAAGCAUUAUCGGUAGUCUCAGACGAUCAGACGCUAUUUGAGAACACCUAUCGGGACGUGAAUAAAUCGAACACCAUCGUGUCUUCACCACAAAGCAGCAAUCACAUCCUUACAACACCCGUUCAUAAACCGAAGCUUUCAGUGGUUGCAUCACCCAGCAACGAGAGCCACAUCUGGAGCUCGUGCGUACAGGACCAAAGGAUGAAACAAGAGAUUGAGCAACCUACCGCUGGCGCCCAUGACGGGCUCCCGCCACCACAGGUCAGCCGAGGGGAACCCGAGUCCCCGUUGGAUUGUAGCGUUGCGAAACCCCGCCAGCAGCCACCGCCCCAUGGAGCACCACCUGGCGCCAUCAAUGCGGAGCCCACGCAGGCGGCACCACCAUACCCAUCGUGUCCGCCACAGCCGUACCUUGGUAAUACAGGUUCCACACCUGAAGAGCGAUCAGCAUCAGCUGGUACCACAGGAAGGUCACCACCACCAAAUGUUACCACCAAUGAGAAAAGGGUCAUAGUCCCUGCAGGUAAGCAAAAUACAAUACUUUAAUGACGUCAUAAUUAUGUAUCCCAAUAAGGAGUUAUCGCUCCACAACGCGCGACGGAUUCAAGAACAUUGACAAUGUAUUGUCAAAUGCCCUUCGUGACAAAGCCAAGCCAAGAAGGUGAAGCAGUGUCGUCCUGGACAUUGGCAAAAGGAAAUACCUGUAUUUGCAAUUUUUCGUCAACUCCGAAACUAAGGACGAAACUGGUCUUCUGGUUCACCAAUUUUCCGACCUCCAAGCUGUUCUUUGUCAUUUUUCUGGCAUUUUCAAUACCUUAAGAAUAUUCUUGAAUCAUUCGUGCACCCCGGAGUGAAAGUUCCCUAAUGUAGAAACACGAACGCCACUACAUACAACGAAAUUCGUUUAAAGGGCAUUUUUACGUUACAUGAUUCGGCAGCUUCUGCACUCUUUUCACAUUAUGGUCAUUUCGUAAUAGGUCUAUGUUUUUCUUUUUCUGUCAGAAUUAAAUAGUUAAAAAUUCCCCCAUUUCUCGUCCCUCUUUAUCUUACGAUGACUGUACUACGAAAUAAGUCAUCAUUGUUUUGUUAUUAUCGUGAGUAACAACCUAUACACUCAUAUGAUGAAAUACCAUAUUACAUGUAUUACGUGCUUAAGUGAAUUGACGUUCACAAGCUGCAGUCGUCAGCAAUUGUACAAAUCUAUCGAAGCUAUUUUUCGCCGAUGACAUUUGUCAUUCAGAUCCCAUUAUGGAUUUGACAGACCACAGAGAAGCCCAAGUGAUCCAACGCGUCUUAAAUCUCAAACCCUAAUUAAAGGGAACCAAGCUUAAUCAUUUUUCAGGUCUGAUUUUUUGUGUAUAGUCGGAUUCAUUUGCCUUGUAUUUUAUUCUUUUAUUGCAUAAUGAUGCAAAGUAAUUUAUUUAGCUAACAUUGUUCUUUGCUCAUUUUCAUUUUCUUUUCCAUAUCAUUUAGAUUUCCCUGCCCCUGUAACUCAUUUUCUCUCCGCAUGAUUUAAAGUCUGUUUCUACUACCUUCGCUCUUCCCAACUCGACUCCUACAUCAUUAUGUACAUGUACCCCCACUUUCCACAACUCCACCUGUAUAAUACCAAAACAAUUUGUACAGAUUGUGUAAACGUUUCUGCUUCUGUUAUGGUAACUCCCAAAGGAGUUCGGCAGGACAGGAUGUAUUAUAUCAUCAUUAUUAUUGGUAUAAUCAUAAGAGUGGUGUAAUAUAUCGGGGUUUGAUGGUGGUGACGAUUGAAUGAUAUUAGUAGAAAUAUUUGGUUAGAAGUUGAUUCAGGAUAUUGUUACUAAUUCAUGUGUUACUCUUACCCCAAACUAUCCCAUUUUUCCACUGUUGAAAACAAUGUUUUUUCUCCUGCGUAGCAAUGGAAGAUUAUUGCACUAUAAUUGUCUAUGGCUUUGUUUGUAUUUUAUAUUCAAACCCCGUAUUAUGAAAUUUGCAAGUAGUUGUUUACACAUCUUUGAUGGAAUAAAAGAUGGAAUAUGGGUAUUUCACCUUCAACCUGUUGUGAUAUUGUAUAGGUAGAUUGGAAUACUAGGGAAACAGUUGAUUGCAUAGCUAGCAAAUAAUGGCAGCAUUGGUACACAUAUAGUUUGCAUAAAACCUUUAACUAAAAGUUAACCAGUCAUUAGCUCAUCAUAAAUAUCAUGGUUUUGACUUGAUAAGGGUCGGAGGAAGUGUCCCAUUAGUGCACCGCUACCUGCUGGUCCAGACCCCCUCCAUGUUUUUCACGUAUCCCCAUUGCCAAAAACUUUGCCAAAGAAUGUCAAGCCCUCGAUGAUGAAUUAAAACAAGUCCAGAGAUUAAUUGAAUGCCGAUAUACAUACUGUCAUUAAUUGACCCGCAUUUGUUGUCAACGGUUUGUUAAAAUGUUUCAUUCAGUAGAAACAAAAUGCUUGUUAAACCCCUGUUUAUUCUUGUAUCUUGAAUUUUGUUUAUUUCAUUGUCCAAAAUUGAUUGGGAUAUAUUUGAUUUUGGAGGGGUCGAUUAACAUUAGAGAUUCAAUUCUGAAAGCCACAUAGAAACAAAGUUAUGCAAGACUUGAAUAACGAACAAACGGUUGAUUUUUCGGAUGUAGGUGAAUUACAAAUCAAAUUAGCAAAUGCAGCUAUGUAGUCUAUACAAUGACAUAAUUCAAGCUUCUUGCACGACUUUUUAAAUUUUCAUUUCAGAAUUAGGCUACAUGAACUCGUAAAGACCUUUAGAUAUUUACUGAUUUUAUUGUCAACUUUUGAUACGUGUUAUUAAGUUAUUUCAUUUACUUGCCUACUCGAUCUAGCCAAUAUUGACUGUUAAGCGCGCAUGCUCGUUAAAGAAAUCAGAUAUUGAGGGAAUCAGAUUAUUUAGUAUCUCUUUUACUUUUUAUUUUGGGGGAAUUAAGCAGCAAAGAGUUUCUUAGUAAUUUUCCCCCUCAAUUGGAUGCAGUCAGAAAAAGAACACUUUUGAUUCAUUGUUUCCCCUUUUCCUCACUGGCCGUUGUUUUCACGUUUUUCUUGUGAUUUAACCAUUGAUUAUAUGCGGUUUAUAUUGACUACCCCCCCACACAGUGGCCACAACACAAACUAUCAAUGGGAACAGUCCCAUUCCAAACUUGUAUGUUAUGGUGUUCAUGGUGUUAAUAUUUAGGAGAGGAGAGAAGAACCCGGGAGAGGAAAAUUCACUCAACAAUUAAUUAGGGUUCUGGUGAAAAUAAACCAUCCUCUUAUCGCUCUAGAAACUACUUUACUGUGGUUUAUAUAGGCUGUUACUAGGUUCUAUCAAAGCAUAUACAUCACUCUACCCAUGCCUUCGGGCUCAAUGUCGAGGUUACAGUGUGGUUUGUGUCCCACCUUAAGGUCUGUGGUUCGAAACCCAUGCUAAAUGUGGGAUGUUAUUACAAAGUUGUCAAUUGGAGGGGAGGGUUAAUAAAAUAACGAAAUAACAUUACUUGCAUUUGUCUAGAUCCUUUAUUCAGGAAAACCGAUUAUUGUCUUAAAAUAAGUUAAGCUAAAUCAUUUGGAUAACUGGCACAUCAUUGCGAAGCUUAGGCCACCGUUUUGUAUUCGUCAUAUUUCGUUAUACAUAAUUCAAGCAUUAGUGAGUCAGAAUAUUUGAAGAGAAUGUACUUGACGAACGAUAUCAAAAUUAUGAAUUUUAUACG